AUGCUUGCCUACACAACCCCAACGGACACAGCUCUGUACCGGCGCAUCCCGGCUAACACGACAGGCCUCGCCAGCAUCCUCUUCUUCAUCGAGCGACUCCAGAGGUGCUACAUACCCACGGGGGAGAAGCCUGUUAGCAUGGGAGUUGCUGCUGGCUGGUACAUGUUGUCAGCUCUCCUACAACAAGGCUCCAACACCUACCCAAUCAGCACUGCAGCACGGGUAAUCUACUGGGUUGGCUACAGUGUGUCCCUCAUUGUGUACACAUCAUACUCUGCCACACUGGUCUCACAUCUUGCUGUGGAGCAGCCUGCACCUCUGCCAUUCAGCAACCUGCGGGACCUGUCUAGGCAGUCAGGCUGGGAUGCUGGAUGCAACAACAAUGACCUCUUCCAAGUGACAGCCUCGGUGGGUCCUUGGCUUCUUGCUGUGUGAACUGAUAUACCAUCCAGUGGUUGAGAGUUGAGGAGAGAGAGAGAGAGAGAGAGAGAGAGAGAGAGAGAGAGAGAGAGAGAGAGAGAGAGAGAGAGAGAGAGAGAGAGAGAGAGAGAGAGAGAGAGAGAGAGAGAGAGAGAGAGAGAGAGAGAGAGAGAGAGA